AUGGAGAUUAAGAGUUGUCCGCGCCUCACGGUGCUGCCAGACGACAUGGGGAACGGUCUGCAGUCCUUACGUCAUUUGCUUCUACUGGACUGCACGGCUCUCACCCACCUCCCCCCAACUUUCUCCGGCCUGACGUCUCUCGAAACUCUCAAGAUUGAACGCGCGAAACGCUUCAGGGGUGCGCUGCUAGACGGCUUUGGCAGCUUGAAAAGCCUCAAGGAGCUGUCGCUCGAUACUAUGCCGCGCCUAUCCGCCCUUCCUGCCUCCUUCUUUGGCGUUUCUUCCCUCACCAGCCUGGAAGUGGGAAAUUGCCCGAAAGUGACGGUCCUGCCUGAGGGGAUCGGACGGCUGGAGGCGCUCGAGGAGGUCAGGAUCUUCGGGAUGGACGGCCUGAUAUGUCUCCCUCCGGCUCUUCUUGAGUUGCCCUGUCUGCGGGCGUUGGACGUGCGGGGGUGUGGUGGGUUAAGUGGGGUGCUAGGCGAUGAGAAGGUGCUUAGACGCACUGCCAGGGGCUUUGUGACCAGCACCGGCAGCAGGAGCAGCAACCGCCCUUUGCUUCCUUCCAUUCAAAGCCUCAAAAUGAAGGAGCUCAAUGUCCAGUCUUUAGGUCCGUCCCUUGCUCGUCUGUCCUCCUUGACCCAGCUGAAGCUUCUUGAGAUGGACAGCCUUGAUUCCCUCCCUGAUUCCAUCUCUCAAUUGUCGCAGCUGCAACGGCUCAAAGUUGAUUCGGCUUACAAUCUGAAAGCACUGCCCGAGACCCUUGGGGGACUUGCAGGGCUGCGUGUCUUGCGGCUGGUUAACCUCCUCUCAAUGCGGCAGCUGCCCGAGUCUCUUGGGCAGCUGAAGAUGCUCGAGACGCUGGAGAUUAUUGACUGCUACAAGCUGAUGCAGCUUCCAGAGCGAGACACAAGAGGGGUUCCUGGAAGAGAGGAGGGAGAGGAGGAGGAGGGGGAGGAGGAUGGGGAGGGAGGGGAUGCGGAAGAGGAAGGGGAGGAGGGAGGCAAUGUGGCGGUGGAAAGGGAAGAGGCGGGCGGGGAGGCACCAGAGGACGAGGAGAGUGGUGGAGAGGAUGAGGAUAUUGAGCAUGAGUAUGCCAUGGACAGUGAUUAUGAGAUGGGUGAUGGUGGAGGCUGGGGGGAGAGUGAUGAUGAUGAGUAG